AAGACAUGUUGUGUAUUUCUUGAAAUUGUGUUAUGUUCAGUGAUCACUGUUGUAAAACAUUGAAAUUUUUCAUAUUAAAGUUUUCCUGAAAGAAUUCCCUCAUACAUUUUAAUCUUUACUAACUUCGAGCAUGAAAUAAUUCAAAAAACAAACGUUUAACAGAGGUAUUUACUUGCUCCGAAGGUUUUCAUAGUGAAAUCCAGGAAAUAACAAAAAUGGAGUUGGGAGAUAGAGUUUAUGCCGCCGAAAAAAUUAUGAAGAAAAGGGUUCGCAAGGGGGUGACUGAAUAUUAUGUCAAAUGGAAGGGAUGGAGCCAAAGGCACAAUACCUGGGAACCUGAAGUAAACAUUCUUGAUUUGCGUUUAAUAGAUUUAUAUGAAAGAAGUCUCCGUAAUGACCCUCAUAAAAGGGGUCCCAAGAAAAAGGAGAAAAUUGAGAAACUUAAAAAAAUUGAGGCUGAAGAAGACGAUCUCGGAAGUGGUGAAGAAAGUCAAGAUGAGGGUUCUUCUGUGCCCCAAAUUACAUUGGUAUCUAAGCCUGAUGAUGAAGAAGUUCCUCACAGUUCAGAAGAAAGUCCGAAGGAAGAUGAAGUGGAAGUGAAUGAAAAUAGUUCUAGCAGUGAGGAUAGACCUAUUUUGGAAAGAUUGGAAAUAACUGGAACAAAAAGGAAGGCUGAAGUUUUAUCAAAAGAAAGUGGAAAAAUUGGUGUGACUAUAACAACAAGUAGUCCAACAAGCCCGUUACCCCCAGCAGCUAAGACUCCUAAACUAACUUUAGAAAAGCUAUCAACUUUACCAGUUCAAAUAUCUAAUCAAAGACAGUCGAAAUCUGAUGAAGAGCCUUCAGCAUCAUCAAUUCCCCCAAGCACUAGUCCUGCAGUGCUUCCAGCCACUGCUCCUCGUUCUAGUACUGACAAAAGACCAAGCCCAGUUGAUCCGGCUUUGCCCCAUUCAGCACCAAAAGAACCAGCUUCCCCUAAACCUGUAGCAUCCAGAACAGAUGACAAAACAUCAGAUGAUAAAAAUGAAGAGAGUGUUGAAAAGAAAGAAACAAGCAAACAACACAAGUUGAAUGGUCAUAAUAACAAUAACAAUGUUUCAGUCCCUAAUUCCCAGAUCCUAACAAUCCCAGAUUCUGGUUACUGGUUAUCUAGAAACCCAGUAGCUGAUCAAGUAUUCAUAACAGAUGUAACAGUAAAUUUAAAAACUGUUACUAUAAGAGAAUGUAAAACAGAAAAGGGUUUUUUCAAAGAAAGGAAAGACCACUCUAGCGAUGUAGUCUGAUUUCUCAAAAUAAAAUUUUAGGGUAGUUCUAUUAAUUUGAAUAUUUUGGCAGGUGGGGGUUUUCUGGAUUUGUUUGAUAUUCUGAUUGUUUUUCAUUUAAUACAUACUGUAAAUUUAGUUUCAAAGAUCUUUUGAUCUGUCAUCCAUUUUAUAACUUUGGCGAGUCUGGAAGCCCCUGCCAACAAAUAUUCCACAGGGUAGCUCAUUUUGAGCGGUUCUACAUGUUAAGAUCUGACAUUUGAUGUUAUGUUUGAAUUGGUGCUAACUAGAUAAAUUCUUAAAAAUGAAGUAUUUGCUAUUUUGGUUUGAGGAAGGCUUCUUGUAGAAUUGUACUCUCUUUGUAAGCUCAUGAAACGUGUCAUUCUCAAGCUCUUAUACUGAACUGUAUAAAUGAUGCGAAAUAUGUCUAGGCCAGAUUUUCGAUUCUAUUUUUCAUUUCUUUUUUUGUAUUCGAGAGGAUUGAAAGGGAUUUGAUUGUCAAAAUAUGGUUUUAGCAAUAAGAAAUAGUACUUGAUAUUAUACAAAACAUCAUAUAUUGCACAACUUUAAUUUAUUGAAUAUUUUCAAUUUUUUACUAAAAUUUCAUUCCAUAGCAUUGUUGUACAUAGGUAAGUCAUUUUAACUCAUAAUUUUAUUUAUUUUAUUUUAAGUUAUUGAUAGGUUUUAAUAAGAAAUUCUAAUGUUUUUCAAGGUUUUAUCGCCUGUAAUUUUUUCUAUGAAAAAAAAUUUUAAAAAUCUACGGAAUUAGUCAGUUUCUAAUGUGAUGAAUUGUUUUUUGGAUGUUAAUAUAUUACUACUCAGGUAGUCAUGUUUUAUUCGCGGUUUCUAUUUCGAUAUGUACUAACAUUUUUUUAUGUUUCAUUGUAAAUAAGUGUAAAUAUAAUAGGUUUUAAGUCAUGUUUUAACUAUUAUAAGGUAUUUUUGAAAUAAAAUUUGGAACGUAA